AGAGACAAUGUCCCUGACUCUUUGACCAGACCACAAGCCCAUAUUGAAGAUGUGUUCUACAAACCCAGGCAGCUGGGUCACCUUCGACGAUGACUCUACUUUUCAGUCUUCUCCGAAGAAAAAGGAUUUGUCUCUGGAGAUUCAAGGUGUUUGCAGACCAAAUGGACUGAAGCUGGACCUUCCUGGCCUCAGGGACCUUCCCAGUACCCCCUCCUCCACCGGCAGCACCCCUUUGUCCUCUCCCAUGGUGGACUUUUACUUCAGUCCAGGGCCUCCCAGCAACUCGCCUCUUUCUACACCCACCAAAGACUUCCCGGGGUUCCCUGGCAUCCCUAAAGCCGGGACACAUGUGCUUUAUCCUAUUCCAGAGUGUUCUUCAAGCAGUCCCCCCACAACAGCGGGAGGAGCGGGUCCCCCGUUAUCGAUUACUAAGCCAACCUGCUCACCCCAUGUAUCGUUACCCAGUGGCCACUCGCACACCCAGCUGACUCCCACAGCAGGUCUUACAGAAGACGCCAGCCCUCGGGGGGUCCAAAGCGAGGCUCGACAGUUCGAGUAUUUUCAGGAUGACUGUGCUUUUUCCAACCCAUUUUGGAAAGAUGAAGGUGGCAACUCUCAGUUUCCCUUUGACUCCCUGGCAGGCAGAAAGCUGUUCUCACCAAGGGACAAGGAGGUACCUGUCGAUCAAAAAAGUCUAAACCAGUGCUCAUUGAACUACAUCUGUGAGAAGCUCGAACACUUGCAGUCAGCGGAGACCCAAGGCCCUCUUGGAAACUUGUCUAUGCAGAGCUCGUACGCUGGAGACACAGUCUCUUUUGUCCCACACACCCUCUUCCGGAGUCAGCCCAAAGCUGGAUGGUCCUUCAUGUUGAGGAUUCCUGAGAAGAAGAACAUGAUGUCUUCCCGGCAGUGGGGACCCAUUUUCCUAAAGGUUCUUCCCGGCGGGAUCCUGCAGAUGUACUAUGAGAAGGGGCUGGAAAAACCAUUCAAAGAGUUCCAGCUCAAUCCGCAUUGCAGACUCUCGGAACCCAAACUGGAGCACUUCAGCAUGGCAGGGAAGAUCCACACUGUGAAGGUAGAGCACGUGUCUUACUCCGAGAAAAGGAAAUACCAUUCCAAAAUGGAGGCGGCUCACGAGCCCGAGGUGGAGCAGAUGCUGAAGCUAGGGUCCACGGAACACCGUGACUUCCUUGAAUUUCUGACUACUGUGGAAGAGGAGCUAAUAAAGCUGCCGGCUACGGCAAAACCGAAGAACAAAGUCUAUGAGGAGCAAGAGAUUCACCUGGACAUUCUGGACAGCUUCUGGGGCAAAGUGACCAAGGAAGAGGGCAAGCUGGUCGAGAGCGCUGUGAUAACUCAGGUCUGCUGCCUCUGCUUUCUAAACGGGCCAGCGGAAUGUUUCUUAGCCUUAAAUGACCUCGAGCUCCAGAAACGAGAUGAACGCUAUUUUGAGAAAGAACCAGAAAAAAGGGGGAUUGAUAUUCUUAACUACCAUUUCCAUACGUGCGUGAAUGCUGAAGAAUUUGAACGGUCCAGAAUCAUUAAGUUCGUACCUCCAGAUGCUUGCCGGUUCGAGCUGAUGCGUUUCAGAACCUCGAGUGAAGGGGAUGAGCUUCCCUUCUCGGUGAAGUCCAUAGUGACUGUCCAGGGGGCCUAUGUGGAGCUGCAGGCCUUUGUCAACAUGACCCCAGCAGCUCAGAGGUCACCCCAUGCGGGUUCCCUGAGGAGCUGUAACAAUAUCAUGAUUCAUUUUCCCGUCCCAGCCCAGUGGAUCAAGGCCCUCUGGACCAGGAAUCUUCAGAGGCAGAAGUCCCUGAAAGCCAAAAUGAACCGUCGGGCAUGCCUGGGGAGUUUACAGGAGCCUGAAUCGGAAUCUGUCAUUCAGGUCACUGUGGGGUCAGCAAAAUAUGAGAGCGCCUACCGGGCUGUGGUGUGGAAGAUAGAUCGACUCCCGGACAAAAACACAAGUCCCGAUCAGCCCCAUUGUCUGUCAUACAAACUAGAACUUGGGUCAGACCAGGAGGUUCCCUCAGAUUGGGAUCCAUUUGCUACCGUCCAGUUUUCCAUGUCUGAAGCCUGUGCCUCCAGGACAGAAGUGAGGUCUCUGGGAGUGGAGAGUGACGCCCAGCCUCAGAAGCAUGUGUGUCAGCGAGCUUGCUACAACAUCCAGCCCAAACUCUACCGAUCUGUAAUUGAAGACGUAAUCGAGGGUGUGCGGGACCUCUUUGCUGAGGAAGGCAUCGAGGAGCAGGUGUUGAAAGACCUGAAGAAGCUCUGGGAAACCAAAGUUUUACAAUCCAAAGCGACAGAGGACUUCUUCAGAAAUAGUGUGCAGGCGCCCCUUUUCACCCUCCAGCUGCCACAUGGCUUACCGCCAGCACUGCAAUCAACAGCAUCGUUGCUGAUUCCGGCUGGUAGAACUCUCCAGAGUUUUACGCCAGAAGACCUGAACGCCAGCUGUGCAGCAAACUUCGCCUUUCCUGGCUAUCCGAUUCACGUCCCAGCAGGCAUGGCCCUCCAGACGGCGUCCGGUCACCUUUACAAAGUCAAUGUACCAGUCGUGGUGACACAGACUUCAGGGAGAGCAGAGAUUCUCCAGCAUCCGUUUCAGCAAGUCCUUCAGCAGCUUGGGCAGCCUUCAAUAAUACAGACCACGGUUCCAACAUUGCACCCAUGCUCUCUUCAAGCCGAAACUGAGAAAUCACACAGAAUGGAGACUGCGCUGCAACAGCCUACCGUUCUGCAUUCCACUCCAGUGGACAGGAAACACACAGAAAAUGCUACCAGCGAGAGGCGUGUUCUCCCUGGGAAUGAGCCGCGGCCGCAGGAAAGCACUCAGUACAUCGGCCUUCCAGGUGUGGGGUUUCCUCCUCAGGUCGCUCUAACAGAGUCUAGCCUGGAGCCAGUGCUCGGUGCCUCAGCAAACCUGACUCAGAAUCUGCAUGGUGGUCCUUUCACACAGGGCCCUCCGGGCACUCUCCGCCACCACGUGCUUGACGCACAGCUUCAUAGCCUUAGAGACAGGAUAUAUGGAUGUGAUUCUGUAAAGCAACUGAGGAAAAUAGAGGAGCCCAGCAGCCUCCGUGUGUCAGAGAAGAGUUGUACUUCUGAGAGGGAUCUGAAUAUUCAGGUAACCGAUGAUGAUAUUAAUGAAAUAAUUCAAAUAGAUGGAACCGGCGACAACUCUUCUGCUGAAGAGGGGGGAAGCAUAAGGGACGCAGAUGAGAAUGAAUUUCCGGGGAUCAUUGAAGCCGGCGACCUUAAGGUGCUUGAGGAAGAAGUGGACAGCGUGUCAAAUGAAGACUCAACUGCAAACAGCAGUGACAACGAGGACCAUCAAAUAGACACCCUAGAAGAGGAUCCCCUAAAUUCUGGAGAUGAUGUCAGUGAGCAGGACGCGCCAGACCUGUUUGACACAGAUAAUGUAAUUGUCUGUCAGUAUGAUAAGAUUCACCGGAGUAAGAACAGAUGGAAAUUCUACUUGAAAGAUGGAGUCAUGUGCUUUGGAGGGAGAGACUAUGUGUUUGCAAAGGCCAUUGGUGAAGCCGAGUGGUGA